CGCUCAAAUGAGGAUAACAACAAAAGGUGGAAUUCCGGCAGUCAAAAACAUACUAAAAUGUAGUUUUUUUGCGCGUUUUCACUGUGUUCUCAUUCAAUUAGUGUAACAAAAAAAUCUGGUUUGCGUUGAAGAAACACACAGAAACAUAUCUUUGUAACAACGUCAUUCCGUAGAAAUUACAAUCGGCAGGUUUCGUUCGUGGUUUUAUACGAAUAUAUACGAAAUUUGGUCGUGAAUAGUCUUCUGGAUAGUUAUUGAAAAUGGCGAUUGGAUCGGGCGUUCCGGCACCCUUGCGCAAGGUUGAGAGGGUGCAGUUUGGUAUCUUCAGUCCUGAUGAGCUUAAACAAAUGUCAGUUACUGAAGGUGGUGUGAAGUACUCAGAAACAAUGGAAGGAGGGAGACCGAAACUUAAUGGGUUGAUGGACCCUCGCCAGGGAUGCAGUGAUCGUUUUUCACGUUGUCAGACCUGUGCGGGAAACAUGACAGAAUGCCCUGGCCAUUUUGGGCACAUUGAGUUAUCAAAGCCUGUUUUCCAUGUUGCUUUGAUUCCAAAGAUUAUCAAAGUGUUGCGAUGUGUGUGCUUUUACUGUUCAAAACUUCUGGUGGAUGUGGAUCAUCCGAGGAUAAAAGAAAUCAUGAUGAAGACACAGGGUCAAGCAAGAAAGAGGAUAGCUUUUGUUUAUGAACUGUGUAAAAGUAAAAAAAUAUGUGAAGGUGGUGAUGAAAUUGAUGACAAAAAUGACAUAAAUGGUGAUGGUGGUGAGGCUAAAAAGGGUCAUGGUGGUUGCGGUCGCUAUCAACCACAAAUCCGUCGUCAAGGCCUUGAGCUUACCGCAGAAUGGAAACACAUAAACGAGGAUUCCCAGGAGAAGAAAAUCAUUUUAACGGCUGAGAGGGUUCACGAGAUAUUUAAAAGAAUUUCUGAUGACGAGUGCACUAUCAUCGGAAUGGAUCCGAAGUAUUGUCGACCUGACUGGAUGAUCCUAACUGUCUUGCCUGUACCGCCGCUUCCCGUUCGACCAUCCAUCGUAAUGCAUGGGGGAAGUGCUCGGAGUCAGGAUGAUUUAACUCACAAACUUUCUGACGUUGUUAAAUGCAACAAUGGUUUGAAAAGAAACGAGUUGAAUGGUGCUGCAGCGCACAUUAUUGCCGAAGAUACCAAAAUGCUUCAGUACCACGUUGCCACAUUACUUGACAAUGAGAUCCCCGGUAUUCCAAAGGCAAUGCAAAAGUCGGGUCGGCCUCUUAAGUCUAUUAAACAAAGACUGAAAAGUAAAGAAGGCCGAAUCCGUGGGAACCUUAUGGGUAAACGUGUAGAUUUCUCAGCUCGUGCUGUUAACCCGGAUCCAAAUUUAGCCAUUGAUCAAGUCGGUGUUCCUCGGAUGAUUGCACAGAACUUGACCUUUCCAGAAAUUGUCACACCGUUUAAUAUUGAUCGUAUGCAAGAACUUGUACGACGUGGCAGUUCACAUUAUCCCGGGGCGAAAUACAUCAUUCGAGACAACGGGGAUCGCAUCGACUUGCGUUUUCAUCCGAAACCGACUGAUCUACAUUUGCAGUAUGGAUACAAGGUGGAACGUCAUUUACGAGACGAAGAUUUGAUUGUGUUCAAUCGUCAACCAACUCUGCACAAAAUGUCUAUGAUGGGUCAUCGCGUGAAAGUACUUCCCUGGUCAACUUUUCGUCUCAAUCUCAGUGUGACAACUCCUUAUAAUGCGGAUUUUGAUGGAGACGAGAUGAACCUUCACGUGCCUCAGUCACUUGAAGCACGUGCCGAGAUAUCAGAACUAAUGAUGGUACCGCGACAAGUUGUCACACCGCAGUCUAACAGACCUGUUAUGGGUAUUGUGCAAGAUUCGCUCACCGCUGUACGAAAAUUUACUAAAAGGGAUGUUAUGAUGGAGAAGGACGUUGUGAUGAACUUACUCAUGUGGUUGCCCAGCUGGAAUGGCAAGCUUCCGGUGCCCGCCAUCUUGAAACCUAAACCGCUUUGGACCGGAAAACAAAUAUUUUCCAUCCUCAUUCCGGGAAACGUGAAUAUGAUUCGUGCCCACAGUACUCAUCCCGAUGACGAAGAUGACGGACCAUAUCGACACAUAUCUCCUGGUGAUACCAAGGUUUUAGUCGAGGACGGUGAACUGUUGUCCGGCAUUAUCUGCAAGAAAAGUUUGGGAACUUCAUCUGGAAGUUUAGUUCAUGUUGUUGCCAUGGAGUUGGGACAUGAAAUUGCAAAAAAUUUCUACAGUGAGAUCCAGACGUGUGUUAAUAAUUGGUUGUUGAUCGAGGGUCAUAGUAUUGGUAUUGGCGAUUGUAUUGCCGACAACGAAACAUACGAGGUCAUCCAGAAAACAACAAAGAAAGCAAAGGACGAUGUGAUUCAAGUCAUCGAAAAAGCGCACAAUGAUGAACUUGAACCUACACCUGGUAACACACUAAGACAGACAUUCGAGAAUCAGGUUAAUCAUUUGAAUGAUUGUCGAGAUAAAACUGGCAGCAGCGCUCAGAAAAGUUUGUCGGAGUUCAACAACUUCAAAGCUAUGGUUGUUGCGGGCUCAAAGGGCUCCAAGAUCAACAUUUCACAGGUCAUCGCAGUCGUAGGACAGCAGAAUGUUGAAGGAAAACGGAUUCCGUUUGGUUUCAAUCAUCGGACGUUACCUCAUUUUAUCAAAGAUGAUUACGGUCCAGAAAGUCGAGGUUUUGUAGAAAAUUCCUAUCUCGCUGGCCUCACUCCUACGGAAUUUUUUUUCCACGCUAUGGGUGGUCGUGAAGGUCUCAUCGAUACUGCUGUGAAGACUAGUGAAACUGGUUACAUUCAGCGUCGUCUAAUCAAGGCUAUGGAAAGCGUUAUGGUUGCCUACGACGGAACUAUACGUAAUUCUGUGAACCAAGUUAUUCAGUUGCGUUACGGUGAGGACGGAAUGGACGCCACUCACAUAGAGUUUCAAAACAUGCCUUCGUUGAAACCGAAUACGGCGGCAUUCGAAAGAAAGUUUCAUUUUGAAACCGGAAUUGAAAGGAGGAUGAAAAGGUUUCUUCAAGACGAGAUAGUGCGUGACAUUGCCGGAAGCGCGGGCGCGCUUCAAGAAAUCGAGUCUGAAUUCUCCCAGUUGGAAAGAGAUCGCGAUACAUUGAGGUCCAUAUUUCCGUCUGGUAACAGCAAGGUUGCUCUUCCCGUCAAUCUUAGUCGACUUAUCUGGAACGCAAAGACUUUUCACAUUAACAAACGAAUGCCCAGUGAUCUUCAUCCCGUGAAAAUAGUUCAAGAUGUUCGUAAACUGAGCGAAAGAUUGGUUGUGGUUAAAGGAGACGAUCCAAUCAGUAAGCAAGCGCAGAGUAAUGCCACAUUGCUUUUUAACAUACUGCUCAGAUCAACCCUCUGCUCGAAACGAGUCCUCGAAGAAUUUCAUUUGACGUCAGAGGCUUUCGAUUGGAUAGUUGGUGAGAUCGAGACUAGAUUUAAUUUGGCACAGGUACAGCCCGGUGAGAUGGUUGGGCCACUUGCAGCACAGUCUCUUGGUGAGCCAGCAACUCAGAUGACAUUGAAUACGUUCCAUUACGCCGGUGUAUCGGCUAAAAACGUCACGUUAGGUGUGCCUCGUUUGAAAGAGAUCAUGAACGUUUCUAAAAGACCCAAGACACCUUCAUUGACCGUUUUCCUGGUCGGGAAACCGGCUCGAGAUGCCGAAAAAGCCAAGGACGUCUUAUGCCGACUUGAGCACACCACUCUUCGUAAAGUUACUGCAAACACUGCAAUUUAUUACGAUCCGGAUCCCCAGAAUACAGUCAUCGAAGAAGAUCAAGACUUCGUGAAUGUGUACUACGAAAUGCCUGACUUUGAUGUCACUCGAAUUUCUCCUUGGCUCUUGCGUAUUGAGUUGGACCGAAAGCGAAUGACGGACAAGAAAUUGACAAUGGAGCAGAUAUCCGAGAAGAUCAAUAUGGCGUUCGGCGAUGACUUGAACUGUAUAUUUAACGACGACAAUGCGCGAAAACUUGUCCUUCGUAUAAGAAUCAUGAACAACGACGACAACAAAAUGGAAGAGGCGGAAGAACAAUUGGAUAAAAUGGACGACGAUGUAUUUCUGAGAUGUAUCGAAGCCAACAUGUUGACAGAUAUGACUCUUCAAGGAAUUGAAGCAAUUUCCAAAGUUUACAUGCAUUUACCCCAGCAAGAUAGCAAGAAGAGAAUUGUGAUCACCGAGCACGGCGACUUUAAAGCCAUUCCAGAAUGGCUGCUCGAGACGGACGGUGUUAGUUUAAUGAGGGUUUUGAGUGAUCAAGAUGUGGACCCGGUUAGAACGACGUCAAAUGAUAUUUGCGAAAUAUUCUCGGUCCUUGGUAUCGAAGCGGUGCGCAAGGCAGUGGAACGCGAAAUGAAUCACGUCAUCUCGUUUGACGGUUCGUACGUGAAUUAUCGCCAUUUGGCAUUGUUGUGUGACGUAAUGACUUCAAAAGGUCACUUAAUGGCUAUAACUCGACAUGGUAUCAACAGACAAGAUUGUGGCGCUCUUAUGAGAUGCUCGUUCGAGGAAACUGUUGAUGUCUUGAUGGAAGCAGCCUCCCAUGGUGAGGUUGAUCAUCUUCUUGGUGUAAGUGAAAGCAUUAUAAUGGGUCAGUUGCCAAGAAUAGGCACCGGAUGCUUCGAUCUCAUGUUGGAUGCGGAAAAAUGUAAAUAUGGUAUGGAAAUACCUACGCACAUGAUAUCUGGUGGUCUUUUUGGAAGUGGGCCUAUGGCUGCAUCUGGAAUGUUCUUUGGUAUGGCAAGCUCUCCUACAUCUGGGAUGUCUCCUCAGAAGACUCCAUGGAAUCAAGGUGCAACUCCAAAUUAUCAAGAUGCAUUCAGUCCUGGUUUAGGUAGUGGUAUGACGCCAGGUGGUGCUGGUUUUUCACCUGCUGGUUCUGACGCCAGUGGUUUUAGUCCGGCUGGACUCAGUCCCGGUGGUUGGAGUCCCAACCCUGGAUCACCUGGCUCUCCUGGUGGUGCUGCUAGUCCGUACAUACCGAGUCCAGCACAUGGUGGUGCAAGUCCUAGUUAUUCACCAGCCAGUCCUGCAUUUAUGCCAACAUCACCAUCAAUGUCGCCUACAAGUCCGUCGUAUUCGCCAACAUCACCAGGAUAUUCACCCACUUCUCCAAAUGCUGGUGGAUUCACCCCUGCAAGCCCUAGUUACUCGCCGACCUCGCCUUCUUACUCACCAACCUCACCUUCCUAUUCACCUACGUCGCCAUCAUAUUCACCUACGUCACCGUCCUAUUCCCCUACCUCUCCAUCUUACAGUCCAACAUCACCGUCUUACUCUCCAACUUCACCUUCUUACUCUCCAACCUCACCUUCCUACUCGCCAACAUCACCCUCCUAUUCUCCCUUCAUUAGUUCUUGUUCUCCAAUACUUCUCCAACCUUUACCACCAACAUCCCUCACCAAUUUUCCAACAUCACCAACCUAUUCCCCAACGUCGCCAAAUUAUUCCCCAUCUUCUCCUCAAUACUCCCCAACGUCUCCUCAUUCCUCACUUCCUCCAUCUCCUCAAUACUCUCCAAGCUCACCACAAUACUCUCCCAACGUACCUACUUCUCCUCACUACUCCCCAAGUUCUCCUCAGUAUUCACCAACAUCUCCCAACUACUCUCCAACUUCACCACAAUAUUCUCCAACGGAAGAUUACAGUCCUGUAGCACCGAGAUACUCUCCGUCAUCUCCAACUUACAGUCCUUCAACACCAGGAGGUGCUUCAAAUGCGUCUCCUCAAUACUCUCCGUCAUCACCACAGUACUCUCCAUCAUCCCCUAGUUACGCACCUGCUACCCCUGGAUACUCCCCAGGAUCUGCUUACUCGCCGUCUAGUCCUGUCUAUACACCCAAUGCAGAUGAAGAAAAGGACAAGAAGAAAAAGAAGUGAUUGUGCCCAUUUGUUGGUGGUCUAUUUUUAUCGUAAUUAGUUGAUUCAACUCAAAGCUCUACGAAGUUUCUUUCAACGUCGAUUCUUUGAAUUACGUGGCUCAGUACAAGAGCGUCCAAAAAAAUGUUCGCGAGCGAUGACUUCGAGCAGAUAUGUGCUAGAAUUUACUAGAAUUCGAGAUCUUCAAGAAGAAACAUGUACUCGAAGAAUUAUUGUUAAAAUUUAUUGCGCUAAAUUAUUUCUCAUAAUAGUGUAGAAUAACUAUAACAAUAACUGAGACCACGUCGAGAUACUAUGUGAAAUCAAAGGCCAUUGUUAAAAGAAGAAAAGUCAUUAUCUUUUUUAGUUGUUGUAGACGUAAUUUUAGGUGCGCAAGAUAUGAAGUACCGCUGACCGACUUGUCGGCGACCUCAAAAGAAAGGAAUAUUUUUAGUCUUGAUUUACAAUUCUGCAUGUGUAGAGAUAGACAACAAGCGUUGUCAUAUUGGCAUAUUUGAUGCAAAAAUUAAAGGAAAUACUUUGAA